AAAACCAUUAUAGGUAUUACUUUCGGCAAAUGGAGAAAGCGGCAAUAAAGCACACAAAUACAUCCAUAACCAAAUAACACGUGUAAUACAUACAAACAAAUUAAAUUUAUAAGUCAAAAUUAAACUAAACAUUUGAUUAGAAAUGAAUUCCGCUAAAACAGCGUUAAUUCUUUGUUGCUGUUUAAUCGGAAUAUGUAUCAUCAGGAUUGUAUCUUUAUUACUAGCAAGUAUUGCAUUCUCGAGAAUCUUGAGAAUAAAGAAUGAUAUUUACAAUAUUAUUUGGGCUGUAAUAAUGUUUCUCUUGGUAUUUUCUGACAUUGCAGUGUGUUGGAGUCCUUAUUUUGGAUGGGCUGCUCAACCGAUAGUUCUGACGAAAUUAAUCCUGAACCUAUGGGAAGUGGUAGUUUUAGGCGAGUUUCACAAGUUAAGUUUGAAUUAUUAUUGGGAACCCUCAGUCCCUCACUAAUGAAACCUUAAAAUUAUUAGUCUUAUCCUAUGGAAUUGGAUGUCAACCUAAAGGACUUUGUCAAGUUAAUGAUAUUUUUAAAGUAUUCAUAACUUCAUGUGAUUUGUUGUGUUUUAUUUGUAUUAUUAGUGAAACAUUAGUACUACCCAGGUGUGGAGCAUUAGGAAAAAAUGAUAAUUCAAAAAACCCUGUUCCACCAGUAGAAGACAAAAUUGUAGGAGGAAAUGAAAAUAUUAAUAGAGGAACUGAUGAAAUUACCAUUCCAGAUAUAGAUGAAGUUUAGUGUUGCCUGCCGAAAUAGGCGGAAGGUUGCAAGCUCUGGCUCAAAAUCAUUUAAAAUUAUAAUAGUUGUAAAUUAGGUACAUCAUCUUUCAACUAACUGUAAUAGUGA